AUGGCGGACACCCAAAGCUUCUCAACACGCUGCCUAACACUGACAAAGCAAGACACAGCAGGCCCCAACACAGCGACACCAAAUGCUCUUGAUGACCUAAUCGACAGAUUUUGGGCGAAGCUGUUAAACCAAGUGAGGCAGGAGAAGGCACAGCUAAUACCACCUACGGGUGAACAUGAUGGCAGAAAACGGAAGAGGGGGAAACCUCCCACGAUCACUCAUACAUUUCCAGCUACCACAAUCAACAAACGCUGCCCACCUGGGCUAAGAGCCAAUAGGGUUUUCACCCGCAAGUAUCGGCCACACACGUGGAGAGCCACGAGAUACAAACAGAGACCUAAGCAGGAAAUGAGCAGCGCCCACCGCACCAUGCCUAACGGGAAGAUCCUGGACCUCACAGGACACCAGGUUCAUGGCACAAGUCUCCAGCAGCCCACGUCCACCUACACCUUACGGGACUUUGUUUCAAACUACAUUGAAGAUGGCGCAAGAUCGGACGGCAUAUCUCAGCAUCCUGUCUAG